AUGUCUUGCUACGACCUGUGUCCUCCCAACCCCUGCGGGCCUACCCCGCUUGCCAACAGCUGCAACGAGCCCUGCGUCAGGCAGUGCCAGGACUCCCGGGUGGUGAUCCAGCCCUCUCCCGUGGUGGUGACCCUGCCCGGCCCCAUCCUCAGCUCCUUCCCGCAGAACACCGCCGUGGGAUCCUCCACCUCCGCUGCCGUUGGCAGCAUCCUCAGCGAGGAGGGAGUCCCCAUCUCCUCCGGGAGCAACUUGGGAAUUGGGAGCUUUGGCUAUUCAGGCCUGGGCAGUGGGUACAGCCGGCCCUACCGUCGCUUCAACACCUACCGCAGUGGCUUCUGUGGGCCGUACUAA